UCUGGCUCGCAAACUCAGCUGCUCUGGAGGAUCCGUGCGCGGUAAGAAACACCCCGCACCGCGCGGCAGGAUGAAACCUCUAAGUUUCCCGCGUGCCGUAGGCUUCCCUGAUUGCUGAGGUACAUCUGAUCCUGCUAUGACAAGGUGGGCACGCGUUACUACCACACGUAGUAAGAGACCCUUGUCUGCAACAUCAUGGGAGGACAUGAAGAAGCAGUCCUGUGAGGGAACAAGCCAAAACCUACCAAAGCAUAAACAAGUUGGAACCAAGAAGCUGUCCCUUAAAAAUGAUGCACCCCAAGCAAAACAUAAAAAGAACAAAAAGAAAAAAGAAUACUUAAAUGAAGAUGUGAAUGGAUUCAUGGAAUACCUAAGACAGAAUUCACAGAUGGUUCACAAUGGGGAGAUUAUGGCAUCAGACCUUCAGAAAGUAAGGGAAGAAAUUGCAGUUGCUUUAAAGAAAGACAGUCGACGGGAAGGACGACGAGUAAAAAGACAAGCAGCAAAGAAAAAUGCAAUGGUAUGUUUCCAUUGUAGAAAACCUGGUCAUGGAAUUGCAGAUUGCCCAGCCGCCCUUGAAAAUCAAGACAUGGGCACUGGAAUAUGUUACCGGUGUGGGUCCACAGAGCAUGAAAUAACCAAGUGUAAGGCCAAAGUAGACCCAGCUGUUGGUGAAUUUCCUUUUGCAAAAUGUUUUGUUUGUGGGGAAAUGGGACACCUGUCUAGAUCUUGUCCUGAUAAUCCCAAAGGACUCUAUGCUGAUGGUGGUGGUUGCAAACUUUGUGGCUCUGUGAAACACUUAAAGAAAGAUUGCCCUGAAAGUCAGAAUUCAGAUCGAAUGGUCACUGUUGGUCGCUGGGCAAAGGGAAUGAGUGCAGACUAUGAAGAAAUUUUGGAUGCACCUAAACCACAGAAACCCAAAACAAAGAUACCUAAAAUUGUUAAUUUUUGAUAAUGAUUUACUAGUUAGUUGCCAAUUGUUAGUUACCACCUCAUUGCCACUUUCUAAACUGGGCCUACUUCACUAAUUAGAGCUAGGCUCCUUGGAGCCAAAUCUUUAUUAUAGAUAUAUGAUCUGAGGAUACUCAAAAACAGUUUUCUUCAUUCUCUCCAUCAAAGAGUACUUCUAUCACUAUUUGGACAAAAUUACUGAAAAAAAGAAUGAGAUGAUUAAAUUGGAUUUUCUAAAAGAAAGUAUUUUUAACAGAUAGAACUUAGAGGUAGCUAAGUGAUUACAUACCUGAUUGUAACAGUCAUCUUUUUAAAAAGCAAAAUUAUGUAUAAAUGUAAACUACCCCUUAAUAAAGGGCAUUGCUUGUUUUUGGAAAUGAAUUUUUGGUUGUAUUGUUUUCUUGGUUCAGUGUAUCAAUGUGUUGUUAAGGUGGAAAUUUAUAAGUUGCUACAAAGUCUGUAUUUUUAAAAUACUAA